AUGAAGCAGAAUUCAGCUAAGGCAUCAAAUUCCAGAGCUUCAACCACCAGGGGCAAAACCCAAUCCAUGGAACAUGCAGAACUCUCGUUGGACGCGCCAAUUGGUGAAAAUUUCGUAUUCGUUAUUUUGCGUGAAUUUCUGCUUUGCUUGGUUGACAGAACUCUCUCAGUUUUCUAUGAGUUGCUUUGGCGGGUUAUAUCUCUAGGAUUUAUGGUCUGUGAAUUUCUAUCUAGUUCCACUUUUCCACGGGAAAAGGAAAUAUUAAACGGUACGGACGAGGGAGAAGAAACCGAUGUUUACCGCAGGAAAAGAAAUAUUAGCUCCAAUGGGAGUGAUAAAGAGACAGGUCAAUCAAACAAGAUGGUAAGAGGGAGCAAAGAAACCAAUAACCCUAACCAACUUGAUAACUACAAAGGGGAUCACUGCUUCGAUAUUUCUCCCUAUAAUCCCUUGGAAACUGACAAUUUUGCUGACCACGGCUAUGGAAUGCAUAACUGCUUUAACAACUAUGGCGAUGGGAAGCAAGAUUACAACUAUUGUAGCGUGAAUAGUCUUAAAAGUAAAAAUUCCUAUAACAACUACGCAUCGGGGAUACAAGCUUACAGGGGUGCAACCACUGACAAUGGCUGUGCAUACGAAAGCUGCUUUAACAACUAUGGCGAUGGUUUCCACAUUGCCGCGGAAGAAGUAUGGAUCAACACCAAAGUCGAAAUUAUGAACAAGAGAAAGAAAAAAAGAGAGAGUAUAGUUUAUGAAUAUCAGGGUACUUAA